UCUUCAGGUGCAGACUGCUGUGGACGAGGCAUUAUAUUGCGGUCGCUUAUUGUUGCGAUCAAAACGUCGUGAUCUAUUGUUCUACCUACGUGACUUUACCGAAAGCACCAAAGAGUAUGCAGUGUGGUUGUUGAACAAAUAUCAAUAAGAGACGAAACAGUCUAAAAGACUCAGUCCUUAUAAUGGAUUGAGGAAUAUCCGAGUGGAGAUGAUGCCCUGUGAAUGUGGAGCCUCCCUCUCGCCCUGCGAGGCGCGCGCUUCUUUCUGAGUUAUAAUUCUCCGAGGUAAUGUCCACACACCCCACCCGCAAGGUGUGCCACCCUCCCCCCAAGGUGUGGCCCCUCCCCUGCGGGACCCGGUCGGGUGAGAUUCCUUCCCAAUCUCCCGCCGCGCUGCGCGCGCCACUAUCCCACUCGUCGCCUUGCGCAACCGCGGCUGCUGCUACCGCCUCCCUCCCUUGAGUAGUAAAGUCCGUGCCCUCAGAGCCCCUUCGCCUGGCCAGCGCGAUAGCUGCUGUCUACCCAGUCUUUUCCGUGUUCUCCCCCUCCCCCGUGUCCUCCCGCUCCCCGUCUCCCCCCACCUAUCCUGGUGUCUCGUCCUCCCCUCCUGGUGUCUCGUCUCACCCCAUGCACGUUGCCGCCAUGGGCCCCGCGCUCCUCUCGCUGCUGUCGGCGGUCGCAUUCCGCGCGUUGGGCCCGGCUCUGGGUCCCGUGGCGCCUCCGCCCGCGGUACUCCGCGGGGACGCGACACGGCUGUGGCGCUGGCAGAACCUGCGCGUGUCCAUGGCCCACGCGCUCAUCGCGGGGCCCUCCGCCCUCGGCUGCUUGAUUUUCUUUCCUGAGGUGUUGACUGACCUUACCAGCUAUACUCUGCCAAUGAACGUGCUCCUAGCCAUCUCCACAGGCUAUUUCUUGCAGGACACACUGGAUAUUGUUUGGAGUGGUCAGGUGAAGGCUUCAUGGGAGUUUCUAUUUCACCAUGCGCUGGUGUUGUCGUGUUUCGGGUACUCGCUGCUGACCCGACAGUACGUCGCUGGGACCACAGUGGCCCUGCUUGUAGAAGUGAACAGCGUGUUUCUGCACGCGCGUCUGCUCAUGAAGCUGGCAGGAGCCAACGCAGGCUGCAGUCGGGCCUAUCGACUCAACCGAUACCUUAACGCAUUCACAUAUGUAAUUUUUCGUCUCGGUGCACAGGCCUACCUAACUGCCUAUGUUAUUGUACAAUGGCAGCUCUUGAUGCAUCCACUUUUCUUCUGUAUAGUAUUGAACCUCAUGAAUAUUAUCAUGCUCAUCUACUUCUAUCGAUUGCUGCUCACAGAUUUUUGUCCCAGGUUAAAACAAUGCAAUAACAAUAAAUUUGUUUCAGAUUGAGCUUUUCCUGAAUGAAGCAAUGGUUUGGUUGAGUGGUUAACAGACAUGUCCAGUUUGUCAGGUUAAUUCCCAUGUGGGUUUUCAUUUUUUGUAUGCUCUUGAUGUUUGCGAAUUUGUAGUUAUAUUUUUAACACCUUAAAAGUAAUUAAAUAUUUUUUUGUAAGACAAAA